UCAAUAUGUGAUCAAGUUUAAAAUAGUUUCAGUGUUAAGGUGUUUUUUUUUAAAGAAGCCCUGAAAAUGUCAUGUGUACCCCUCGUUAUGUCAUUCAUCGAGCUCCUUCAGAGAUGUUCACAAAGUAGAGGGAGCUACAAAUGGAGAGGUGGGCACAGACAGCCAGUCACCACCACGGAGAUGAUGACAAGGUGGGACUCGAUUGCUGUAGGGAAAAACCAAGAACCAAGGUCUGUUAUCAUUUUGCAGCCAGGGAAGGAUUUCUGCCACUUCAGAUUCUAAAAGUUUAGUGUCUUCACUUUGCUUCUUUUUUCGAUUUCUUUCUUAGUCAUGUUGGUGAAUUGACACUGUGUGGUGGAGAAACAUUAGCCACGUAGUCUCUAGUGAACAGGCAGACAAACCUGUGUGCUGGUGUGAUUCUCAUUUGCACAUUUGUUCUGGGAGCUGUGAGGAAAAGACUUUUAAAAAAUGUGUGUGGCUCGAGAGGUAAAAAUGCCAUGAUUUGGUCAUUUAUAACCACUCUAAGGCAAAUAAUUUGUCUAGUAUGCCAUCUACAUUAGCAGUUUAGAAGGAGAAAAUUCUGCCCUCCUCGCUGCUUAGGAGAGUUGAGUCAUAUCCUGUGAAUCCGUGAAGCCAUGGGAUUCAAACAUCACGCUUUGCUCUUCCUUUCAUUCUGAGGAGCUGCCGUGCAGAGCAGCAAGUGAUAGCUGUGAAGGGGCUGCUGCCUGAUUAGUUGGAAGAACUGUGGCACUUGUGAGUAGACAAAGAAGGCUAAGUUUGGAAGUGCUCCUCUUUCAUUGCAGCAAAAUAUGUUUUGCUCAUUUCUCUUCCACUAUGCUAGAUAGCUGCAAGUUUAAAAGUACAUGCAGUUUACCAUUUACUUACAGUAAGAGAAUAAAUACUAUUGGAACUAGUAAUGCCGAUCUCCCUUUGGUUGAUCCCGGAAUGUACCAGUUGGAUAUUACAUUAAGAAGAGGUCAGAAUUUAGCUGCCCGAGAUCGUGGAGGGACAAGUGAUCCCUACGUGAAGUUUAAAAUUGGAGGAAAAGAAGUUUUUAGAAGUAAAAUAAUACACAAGAAUCUCAAUCCUGUAUGGGAGGAAAAAGCUUGCAUUUUUGUUGAUCAAACUAGGGAACCUCUAUAUAUAAAGGUAUUUGAUUAUGACUUUGGACUACAGGAUGAUUUUAUGGGUUCAGCUUUUUUGGAUCUCACACUAUUGGAGUUAAAAAGACCAACAGAUGUGACUCUCACCCUGAAAGACCCACAUCAUCCUGAUCAUGACCUGGGAACCAUUUUGCUGUCUGUAAUUCUUACUCCAAAAGAAGGAGAACAGAGGGAUUUGACCAUGCUAAUGAGGAAGAGUUGGAAAAGAUCAAGUAAGGAACUCUCAGAAAAUGAAGUGCUUGGAUCGUAUUUCUCAGUGAAGUCUUUCUGGUGGAGGACCUACAGAACCCCUGCUUUUCCAGCCUUGGGCUUCUUCAGAGCAGAGCUUCAGAAUCCUUGUUGCCAAAAUGCACAAUUUCAGACCCAAAGUUUACGUCUCUCAGACCUGCACAGAAAAUCCCACUUAUGGAGAGGAAUAGUCAGCAUCACUUUGAUAGAGGGACGAGACCUCAAGGCCAUGGAUUCAAAUGGAUUGAGUGACCCCUAUGUGAAAUUCCGGCUUGGUCAUCAGAAGUACAAGAGCAAGAUUAUGCCCAAAACAUUGAAUCCUCAGUGGAGAGAACAGUUUGACUUUCAUCUCUAUGAAGAGCAAGGAGGAAUUAUUGAUAUUACGGCAUGGGACAAAGAUGCUGGGAAGAGGGAUGAUUUUAUUGGCAGGUGCCAGAUCGACCUGUCAGCCCUCAGUAGAGAACAGACUCACAAGCUGGAGUUACAGCUGGAAGAGGGAGAAGGACAUCUGGUGUUGCUGGUCACCCUGACAGCCUCCGCUACUGUCAGUAUAUCUGACCUCUCUGUAAACUCCUUGGAGGACCAGAAGGAACGAGAGGCCAUAUUAAAGAGAUAUAGUCCAAUGCGAAUGUUUCAUAAUGUAAAGGAUGUGGGAUUUCUCCAGGUGAAAGUCAUCAGAGCAGAAGGGCUGAUGGCAGCGGAUGUCACAGGUAAAAGUGACCCGUUUUGCGUAGUAGAACUGAACAAUGAUAGAUUACUGACACACACUGUCUACAAAAAUCUCAACCCUGAAUGGAACAAAGUCUUUACAUUCAAUAUUAAAGAUAUCCAUUCAGUACUUGAAGUGACGGUUUAUGAUGAAGAUCGGGAUCGAAGUGCUGACUUCCUGGGCAAAGUUGCAAUACCAUUGCUGACUAUUCAAAAUGGUGAACAGAAAGCCUACGUCUUGAAAAACAAGCAGCUGACAGGGCCAACAAAGGGGGUCAUCUAUCUUGAAAUAGAUGUGAUUUUUAAUGCUGUGAAAGCCAGCAUCCGAACAUUAAUUCCCAAAGAGCAGAAGUACAUUGAAGAGGAAAACAGACUCUCUAAACAGCUGCUGCUCAGAAACUUUAUCCGGAUGAAGCGCUGUGUCAUGGUGCUGGUAAAUGCUGCCUACUACAUUAACAGUUGCUUUGAUUGGGAUUCACCCCCAAGGAGCCUCGCUGCUUUCGUGCUCUUCCUCUUUGUGGUGUGGAACUUUGAGCUCUACAUGAUACCCCUGGUUUUGUUGUUGCUACUGACGUGGAACUACUUCUUGAUAAGAUCAGGGAAAGAUACCAGGCAACGUGACACGGUAGUGGAGGACAUGCUAGAGGACGAGGAAGAAGAGGAUGACAAAGAUGACAAGGAUAGUGAAAAAAAAGGAUUCAUAAAUAAAAUCUAUGCCAUCCAAGAGGUGUGUGUCAGCGUCCAGAACAUCCUUGAUGAAGUGGCAUCCUUUGGAGAGAGGAUAAAAAAUACAUUCAACUGGACUGUCCCAUUCUUAAGCUGGCUGGCAAUUGCUGCCCUCUGUGUGUUCACAGUCAUCCUGUAUUUCAUUCCGCUGAGAUACAUUGUCCUUGUCUGGGGUAUCAAUAAAUUCACAAAGAAGCUUCGGAGUCCAUACGCGAUUGAUAACAACGAGCUUCUCGACUUCCUUUCCCGAGUUCCCUCGGACGUACAAGUAGUGCAGUACCAGGAACUGAAACAAGAUCCCAGUCAUAGCCCGUGUAAGAGGAAGAAAAACAAUCUUGGCUAGCUAGCUUCACGCACUGAGGAGAGCGGCAGCAUCUGUUUGAGGAAGAUAAAAGAAGAAAGCCCCCAGUCUCAGCAACGUUUCCUUCCUUUCUGUUUUUAUUUAUUUUGUCUUCUUUUUUUUUUAUCCUAAUGGAGAGAAUCUGUAAAUAGUGUACAAAGGCAUAUGGCACUGGAAAUGGACUUCCAUGGUACAGAAUCAGGCUGAUAAGGGUUCAGCUAGCUGGGGUGGAAACUAACACAUUAAAAGAGCCAAUGCAAAACAAAAACAAAAAUGACGCGGGAAGGGGCUCACUUCUGAUUGUUGGUGAAUAGACUAGCACAUCCUAUCCAAUACUCAGCUGUGUGUGAUUAAAGCUAAGAAAAUGGCAAUCUCAAUCUGACUCUUAGAGGUGAAUGGGGGGGGGGGGGAAGGGGUUGCUUGUUUUUGUUUUUGUUGACUUUUUUAAGUCAAAAGUUAUCCAUCAGAGUUUUUCUCAUUUCAACAGGGGAAGAAACCAAGCAAUCAAACCCCAUAACCUGGGCUUAAGUUUAUCACAGAUUCUAUACUUUGGACCCUCUCCCCUUUGGGUGCAAAUUCCCUUAGACUUGCUAGGGCUGCUUCUAAAAGAAUGAAUGAAUGAAUGAAUGAAUGAAUGAAUGAAUGAAUGAAUGUCUCAAUUUGAAGAGAACUGUCAGCUCUUCCCUUGAGUUCCACGAGGAACAAGUUUCCUUCUUUGAACAUCAUUCCAUCGAGGACUUUAGAACCUAGAUAGGUCUAAAAUUAAAUACUGCCAGGUUUGUAAGUGACUGCAUAUGUGAAAUUUUUGUAUAUUACACAUGAUUAUACCCUAACACUGUAAUUUGUACUGAAUUAGCAGAUUAGCAAACCCAGUAAUCAAUAGCACUAGCAAUCUGAAUCCAUGGGAUUGUCUGGCUGACGUCAUUGUUCUCUCGUGGCAGUGCAGGAAGACCUGCCUUAGGCCCAUGUUAGUUGUGUCCACCUGGGCCAAUAAUUCAACCUUUCUGGACAGCUCUCUCAGACUGGAAGGUCUAGACAACUGGCUGAUGUGCAUUUAAGGAAUGAAUGCCUCUGCCCAGAGUUAACCAUUCCCAUGAAAGAGCCAGUGAAGAACCUGGGCUCCUCCCCUUAAAGUUUUCAUAGAAGAAAAACACAAGUUUUGCUUUUGGAUGACAGCCUCAUAGAAAGCACUUCAUUGUGUAUGAUGCUUCUAGCUAUCAAUGUGAAUUUUAAUUUAGAGGAGGAUGAAGUGUGGUGAGUGAUAUGCCAACAUUCCAUUUCUCUCAUUUAUGAAAUGGUAAUUUCUACUAAUAUGGAUCUGGUCCUCCUGCUCGAAUAUCAGUUUUGUUCAUUAGAUUGCUCAUUUAAGGAGGAAAAAUGGUUUACCUUUGAACAAUGUUCACUAAUCCCAGCAGAAUGAACACUUUCAGUUGCAUUUGCAAGACUCUCCACAGCAGUUUUUGUACUUAAUUCCCUCUGUGUCAAGUAGAGAAUACACCUCGAGAGAGGAAUCAUCUGGAGAGAAAUUCUCGCCUUCCUGACUUGAUAGGGGAUCAGGCUUUGGUUGGAAUUGUUACAAAGAAUGUUUUCUACCAUUCUAAUAAUAGACUUGGGUAGGGAUUAUGUUAGAGCGAGUUAAAGAGAGACAAGUUGGAAAAAUGUUGGAGUGGGAGAAAUGUCUAUAUUUCUGUCUACAGGAAUAUUCUUUUAAAAUGCACUUAUGGAAGCUGAUUUUUAAAAAAUAUUUUUAUGUUACUGAAAUAUUUUGAUCCUUUCUGUUUAUAUAAUAUGCUUGAAAGAUGUCCAUCAACUUUCCUUUUUGUCAAAAGGUUUUGACCUCAAUGUGCUUCUUUUAGCUCAUCUAGUGUAUGGGGAACAAUUGGGAAUGUGCACAUCCCCAUACUGUUGCUUACUCUCUGUUGUUAGGGAACAAUAGGUCAUGAAUGAAGUUGUUACUCCUGAAACUUUAUUGAUGGGCACCCAUUGUUUGUCUGAAAUAACUUUCCGUUAGAUCUUUUGUAAAAUGUAUGUUCCAUUCUGGUGUGGUCUGCAGACCUCAAAUGAUCCCUAAGCCUGACAUUCUGCAAAGCUCAGAUGUGCCCAUGGAAUAUUAACCAGUAAUCUAUGUGCAAAUUCCUCUCUUUCACUGUACCGGAUCUCCGACGUUUGCAUUCAAACACAGAAGGGAAUGACUGUGUCCUUGUAGAGCCACAGCCCAACUGUCCUCCCCUCUCUCUUUCUGGAAUGCAGACCUUUUCUUAAAGUCACCCUUUAAGCCCAAUAAUGUUACCAGUGAAGUCAGGAAGACCCUAGAGCAGAUCCUGCCUCAGAUAGGAGCCAAGCUGGUGAGCCUGGGCAAGAAGUCACUUAUUUACCAAAAUGGAGAUAACAACAGCACCCCCCUUCCAGGGUUGUGGUGAGACUGAAACAGGAGAACGGGAUGGACAGGACUUUCUGCAAGCCUGGGUCACUACAGAGAUGUUAGCGCUGUCCAGGCUCCUGUUGGGUCAUCCAAAUAGAUUGUUCUAAUAUAGCCCGGGAAGGACUUCUUUUAAACCUCCUUCUUUAGGAGCAGAGAAGAGUGCCGGGCAGACGGGAGUGAUUGCCCCCAGCUUCCCCUUUGCAUGGUCAUAGCACUUCUAUAGCAUUUUAGGGUGUACAAGGGCUCCCAAAGAUUCUGAGGUAGGUAGAGUAGAUAUUACUGUGCCCAUUUUGCUGAUGAGAACAUUCAAGGUUUCUAGUUCUCUCUUAGAGCCGGGCGGAGAACCUGGGGCUCGCCAUGGCAAGAACCACCCCUUCGACCCUGCAUGCGCUCCCUCUCUGAGCAUGCCAACAGUCCAGGAGGGCUUUUAUAUUACUCCACAGACCUGGCCGGGAAACAGGUGGGGGGACGACGGGCUCCCCGAGUGACAGCAGGGGAUUGGGCUGUUUCUUCCUCAAAGUCCCACCUUGUUGUGGGAUGGAUUUCAGUCAGGAGAGCUCUUGAAAGGAAGCUUCAUAACGCGUGUGCUCCAACAUGCUUGUCUCAACAGAUCAACACUCCCCAUGAACCUCUCGCCCGGAUUUAGAAAUGGGACUGCCGAAGCACUGCCACUAAUUAACUGUCUCCAUAUUUGAUACGGAAUCAAUUCCGUAAAAAUCCUUUAAGUGUUUAGACAUAUUUCACCAACUGGUAUUGUCAUUCUUCAUGUGGAGGAGAAAAGCUGCCUACUAGUAAGGAAGUCUCGUGUUCAAAUCCCACUUCUAACCCACAAGGGAUUUUGUGAGUCUGGGCAAAUCACUGACCACUGGGCAACAUUGAAAAGACUAAGCCCUCAGAGCCUCGUUUGCAGGGGGGAUUUCUUAGGGAGUCUUAUGUAAACCAGUAAAAUCAGACUGAAUAAUAAAAAUCAACCAUUAUCCCUCAAAGGAGCCACAUUGAUGUUCAUCUGGGUUUAGUAUGACUGCGGAAUUUGGGUCAACUUGACGCCGAACAAUUCUAGAUGAUGUCAGCGUGGCGGCAUAGAGAACACUCUCAAAAUCAAGUGUGAGAGUCCUCCUGUCCUGCUAACUGCCAUCGACUGAGAAUGGGCAUUUGGGGCUGGUCUGCUAACAACGUUAGCAGAGAGAUUCUGGGGAGCUCUAGAGGCACACUGAGGAGGUUCCCUGCCCAGCUUUUUCUCAUUUACUUCCUGAUUUCUACAGACGCUUCUCCAUUCGGCAUUCCAUGUUUCCAAAAUAUUUCAGGGAAGUCCUUUACAGAAUGUGUGCUCUGCAUUUAAGAGCAGAGGAGGACUUGGUGGUGAGUUUUGUCACUUUGGUGAGCACAGAAGUCCUCUUAAUUUCUGCAUCCAGAUUUACUUUCGACUGAGUGAGGACCCAUCCCCUCUUUAUUAAAGACUCCCCACACUUCUUCCAGAGGCCCCUGCUCCCUUUGUAGGUUUUUUAAUACUAUCCUGGGCUUUAAUACCAAAGUACUGCUACUCUGGGUGGCUGGGUGGCUGGAUGGUACGGUGGAGUCUGGAGAACUCAUCUUCCUGGGUUCAAAUCUGCCUCCGACACUUAAUAGCUGUGUGACUCUGGACAAGUCAUUUAACCUUGUUUGCCUCGGGGUUCCUCAUCUGUAAGAUGGGCUGGAGAAGGAAAUGGCAAAUCACUCUAGUAUCUCUGCCAAGAAAACCCCAAAUGGGGUCAGGAAGGAAGGACAUGACGGAAAUGAUUGAACCCCAAAAAGCAGCACUGGAGAAAUGUAUGGAGAUAGAAACAUCAUGAAUUAUACUUUUUUUUUUUUGGUCCAAGUUCCAGUAUUUUCUUUCUAUUAUUAUUUAUUUACUUUUAAAUUCUGGAGAGUAGAAUAUAUAGCCAAUCCUAGCUGUACAUAUUAUGAAGAACACUCACCUGCUAAUUUCGUUUGAAUUCCCACCAUUCUUAGGUUCUAUGGAUUCUUUUUUGUUUCCAGUUGUUUUGUGUGAAAUAAAGCAACACUCUUCCUGUGGGUAAAGCCCCAGCAUUAUGAUAAGCUCUUCACUACUUUCAAUUCUAAUUCACCUUCCUGUGGAGGUUGAUGCAAAUGAAUUGCAAAAAAAAAAAAAAUCCCCCGGUUAAAAACAACACAGGUGUAGAGGGGGAAAAAAGCCUUUCAAAAGCAAAUUCAGAUCUUGGGCCUCAGUUUCUAUAACCCUUUAUUGAACCAGGAUGCCAAUGCCUAUGAUUUUUUUUUUUUUUUAGGUUUUAGGUAAAGCUAUGUGAAAUGUUUUCAAGAAUUUAAAGAAUAAUGUAAAACAGUUUGAGAUGGAGCUCAGUGUUCUGCAGUCCAAAUAGAAAUUAUCAUACUAGUGGAACUCAUGACUCAGUUUCUCUCAUGCCUUGGAAAGAAUGGGUGUACUGGCUUUUUUUGUUUGUUUGUUCGGUGGGGUUGGGGUGCUAGGGUUGAUAAGUCUCUUCAUUUCCAAGAAGCUUGGAGAAAAAAAAGGCUCCAUUAUUCUUUUUUUCCAAAUGUUAAGGCAACCAAAUUUCACAGUUGCUCAAUUCAAUCAAUUGUUCUUUCUGUAUAGAGCAAUCAAUUAACAAACAAUUAUUAUGGGGUAGGGAUAAAAAAUAGGAAGAAACAGUUUCUGUCCUCCAAGAGCUUACAAUCUUUUCUUUUUUUUUUUAAACCCUUACCUUCUGUCUUGGAGCCAAUACUGGGUAUUGGCUCCAAGGCAGAAGAGUGGUAAGGGCUAGGCAAUGGGGGUCAAGUGACUUGCCCAGGGUCACACAGCUUGGAAGUGGCUGAGGCUAGAUUUGAACCUAGGACCUCCCGCCUCUAGGCCUGGUUCUCAAUCCACUGAGCUACCCAGCUGCCCCCAAGAGCUUACAAUCUAGUCAAGGGAGGCAACAUGCACACCAAUUUGGUGGAAAUAUGGGAUGGUGAAGCAGAAGGCUUCACAUAGUUUGAGAAGGGCCUUGAAGGAAACUACUAAUUUCUAAGAGAUGGGCCUGGAAAGAAGGACAGGCAUAGGAAACAGUUGAUAGAAAGGCAUGGAGAAGAGGGAAGACAGAGAACAGAAAAACAUAAGGGAGAGGAGUAAGAAGUUCCCUAGCUUGGGGGCAGUUAGGUGGCUCAGUGGAUUGAGUCCUAGGUUCAAAUCUGACCUCAGAUACUUCUCCACUGUGUGACCCUGGGCAAGUCACUUAACCUCCAUUGCCUAGCCUUUGCUGCUCUUCUGUCUUAGAAUCAAUUGAUUCUAAGAUGGAAGGUGAGGGUUUAAAAAAAAAAAAGCUCCUUAGCUUGCUGCUCUUUUGGGCAUUGUAGCCAGCAAGAAGCUUGACGGAAUGAAAGAUUGUGUGAGGGCUUGAACCUACCAGCCUGAAAAGCACUAAUUUCUAUUGGAAAUGGGCAGAAUAUUUGAGAUGAGGCAGUGGGAAAGCACAAAAAUAGAGCCCAAAUCAACAGGCUGCCUUUUACUUAGGCCAUGGGGGCGUUAGUACUUCGAGGAUGCAGCAGAUGGCCCCCCACCCUGACCCUUUCUUUUCUUUAAUGAUGACACAAUCUCCCAAAAUAUGCCCAGAUAAAGUGCCUUCCUAGUUUGUAUUUGUUUAUGUCUACUUCUACAGGGUGUCCUGGCAUCAUCCUAAGGCCAUAGGGAUACUGUCCAUGCUUGGUUUCAUUUUCAUUACUGCACUCCCCUCCACCCGCCCACCUCAGGCACACAAUGUUUGUUCAUUGAUGGGUCCUGCAACAGGAGCCAAAAGCCAUCAUUUUCUGGUGUCCACCUGGGGGCCUUGCAUGCACAAUCCUACCAACGCACCCAUGCAUGGCCUGGCGCAUCCACGCUCAUUUCCACUAGCCUCAUCAGACAGCCAGAUCCGGGCUAUGGAGGGUGACUGAACCAUUUGGCCAGGAGAUGGAUGUCCUAGCACUUGGAGGUGCUUAUCACAUUAGGGAAAGGUUGGUGUUCAUUUUUUAGCCACAGGGCCAGGGACCAAGUAGGAAAGGGGAAUCCCACCAAAGCCUCUGUGUUUAUUCAAGUUCCUAGGUGGGUCAUCUAAGUGGUUACUCACUGUCACUGGGUUUCUGAUAUUUCUUCAAUAUCUCUGACCCUGGACAUUUUGGGUGAUUAGAUGUUUUAACUCCGUGACUUCAGUCACUAGUUAAUGCUUGGUGUUUUUUCUGUCAGCAGAUGAUAAAAGAUGAAAAUAUUUACAAAGUAAAAUGACUGUAGUUGGAAAAAAGAAAGGCACUUUUGAAAAAGCCAUUCUCCCGGUUCUCAUAGGGAGGCACACGGAAGUGUUCACUGACAAAAUUGGAAAUCGAGUUUUUUCUACCACGUCCAGAAUUCCCUCACAAAAAUCGGGCUGCUUUAUCUUGUGUCAAUACAGUGGAGUAGAAAACCCAUAUUAUAAAGUGGGGUUUUUCUACAUCUGUGAAGAGAAAUGAAAGCCAAUUUUUAAUUUAAUAACCUUCAUAAACUCUCUGAAAAUGCAUCUAAGGUAAAGUCUGGUAAAUGGAGCCAUCAUUCAUCUCAUCAGUUCCUCCCUCCUUUUUUAGUGUUGAAUCUGAACAGACUCAUGGGGGAACAAGUCAUUCUUUCUGUCCCCUAAGCACUCCUAAAAUCAGAAGGGGCUGGCUGAUAGAAGAGAGAUGUUAUCAUCAAUCCACAUGGUAUCCAUAUGAAAGAGUUCAAUCAUUAAGCAGUUUAAGAAGCAAGCUAGACAGGAUGCCCCAGCCCCACCUCAUGGGGAAGAUCUGCUUUGAAGGAUGGGACGACCAUGUCAGUAGAGAGGGAGUGUGCACACUCUCAGAGGAAGGGGGAGGAACAUUCCCAGGGAAAAGCUAUUGCUUGGCAUAUGGAUCAGAUGGAUACUUUUGGAGGACAUUAAAAAACCACCAAUCUUUGAGGAAUAAUAAUAGCUUAUUAUUAUGAUAAAAUUUAUAGUGCUAAAUUUCAACUAACAACCAUUAGAAGGCUAGUUACCAUGGCAAGUGAGGCUGUUUGAGAAAAGGAGAUAAUUUUUAAAAACAGGAAACUAUUAAGCCACUACCAUAGUUGUACUUCAAUCACUUCUUGGCAUGUUUUUAAAUAUUCAUAUUUGGCCUUCCCCCAUCCUUCUCAGUGAGACAAACCAAUUCGAUGACUUAUUUUUAAUAAACUUCAUAUCACUUAUCCUUAAUCCCUUUCUUCUAGGUUCCCUCUUUCCCCCGCCUCCAAAAUAAUUGUGCUUGGUGCGAAUUAGUGCCUUUUUCUCUUCUUUGCCAACAUGUCUAUAUCUGUAUUAUCUAUCUGCUCAAUCCAUGUACAUGGUAUUUCCCAGAAGUCUUCAAAUGGAUUCCUCCCAGUCCUUAAUGAUUCCUAACCAGUUUUCCAAAGGCACAUUUCCUGCUGUUAAUUCUGCUAAGUUUGAGACUGCAAAACUGUUCAGGCACAAAGUUGUUUAAUGCUAUAACAGGCAGUGUGAUGUUAGGGGAAGAAUGAUGAACUUGGAGCCAAAGGGGUCUGAAGCCCUUCUUAAUUAAUAAUGUGUGUCUACAUAAUAACUAUGUCGGCACAGACAAGCCAUUUUAUUUACACUAACCUCAGUUUCCUUAUCUCUAAAAUGAGAAUAUCUGCAAUACCUACCUCACAGGGUUGUUGUGAGGAUCAAAUGAGAAAAUGUAUGCAAAGGUCUUUGCAAACCUUAGAUGCUAUGUGUCAGCUAUCAUCAUUAAUAACUUUUUUUUGCAUAGUGUACUGAAUCUUUUUGGUGGAAUGAGGAAAAUGUAUCUUUUUAUUUUAAAUAAAACCAGUGUUGGAUGAUA